AUGAUGCACAUUACCUACACAUCUAAUGAAUCGACUCACAUCGAUAAAAUCCGACAGAAAGCAAGACGGCACUCCCUUGGCCGGCUUAUAGAACGACAGCCUCAUCAGCUCCCUCAAUUUCUCCGGCGUCCGAGCGAGCAGAAUCUCGAUUGCCUCUUCCACGCUCCCCACCGGAAACAAACCCUCCUCCACGUCCUUCUCCUCCAUACACACUCCGGCGCAGCCGACCACCACCCUCUCCACCGCGCCGGGAAACUGCGCCGCCAGGCUGUAGGCCACGAACCCGCCGUAGCUCAGCCCGACGAUCCGGAUCCCGGCGCGGACCCCAAGGGCUUCCAUAGCGGACAUCACGCACCGGGCCUGAAAGGACUCGGUCCGCUCGGGCCGGGCCGUCCGGGAGUCGCCGAAGAAGAGGAGGUCCGGGACGUAGACGUUGAAUCGGGCGGCGAGGGGCGCGACGACGUCGUUCCACUGCCACAUGGCGUUGGCGCCGACGCCGUGGAUGAGGAGGGCGGUGGGCCUGUUGGGGCGGUGGGUUUUGGGGGCCCAGCAGUGGACGACGGUGCCGUCGCCGAGGUUGGUGGUGGUGGGCCUGAGGCCGGCGGUGGAGAAGGAGCGACGGUAGCAGGAGUCCCUGGAGGCUGUGAAGCUGAAGCAUCUCGCCAUUAUCUUUUGAAUUUGUUUGGGUUUUUAAUUAGAUAUUACCACUUUCCGAUUCUUGCAGAAAAUAUUGAUUUCGGAAAUCUGGGAUUUUGGGUCGCCGGAAAAGACGAAGGAAGAAGGAACGAGAAAGAGAAAUAG